CGCACGCUGAACACGUCUCUCGCUAGCUGCAUUUAAUUUGUUUUUAAUCGGUUAAAGUGCCAGGGCUAGUUUGCCAGUCAAAGAUGAGGAAAUCAUGGGGAGGACUUCACGCCCCGCCCACCGAGAAUGGGGAGGAUGGCGCUGGCUCCACCGUUCGCCUGCUGAGGAUCCCUCGAGCCGCUCCCACAAUGGAGAACUACGGAUUCCACCUGACCCGCAGCAAGUGGGACCCCUAUCCCUGGGUAUGCGAGGUGGCAGCCGGCACACCUGCCGCACUCUGCGGCCUGAAACCCGGCGACUGCGUUCUGGAGGUAAAUGGUCUCGAUGUUUUGGGCUUACGAGUUGCCGAAAUUGCCAAAAUGGUCAAAAGCCAAAAGGAUUGCGUUACAAUUCUCUGCUGGAACAGUGAGUGUGAAAAGGACUGUGAUAACAACAGCAUCUGCUGUGCACCCAUGCCGACAAGCCUGCGACGCCUGUCUCUCGUCCUGGAGAGCAUCCUGCGCCUCGUCGAGUGUCCUGUCUGCGGGGUGACCAUCUCUCCGCCGGCGAUGCAGUGCCAAAAUGGACACCUGCUCUGCGUGGACUGUCGCAUCCGCUCGGAGCGUUGUCCUGUCUGCCGGGAUUUCUACACGCCCCAACGGUCUUUAUUGGCAGAGCAGAUAUUCCUGACCAUUGCCAACGCCUUCGAAAUGUGCCGCUCAGAGGAUAAGCUGCGGCAGAAGCUCUUUGCAGGGAUAACACGGCCAGUCGCCGGGAAACAGGACCGGAGGAGCAGGAUAACCGGAGAGGACACCUGGCGAAAGCGAAGGCCAGUGCUGCCCACGAACAAGUUCCUAACCAAGUUGCUGGAGGGCUGCGCCUACUCGAUGGACAACCUCACCGCCUCGAAUGCCGCCACCCUGCUGCGAACUAGUUCCAUGGAUGGCGAUGGCGAUGGCGACGCCAGUGAAAUCCCAGCAGGGACAUCGCCGCUGACAGCCACGCCCCCCGAAAGGGCAACAAUGCAUGCCAUGGAUGACGGGAAUGCGGCGCAUCCUUCACUCUCGACGAAUGAUUUACAGCGGGAAGGAGUUAAGCCGAGUGCCGAGGGCGGUGACAAGAAUUCCGAAACGGACAGCAGCCACAAACUCGCCGCAUCCUUGCAUCCCUCCCAAGCCCACAACAGCCAUCCGCCCAUCGAUGAAUCUUCCGGGAUGCAACCCUUUCGCAUACCUCCUGCCACUCCGAGCCAAGAUUUGCCCCAGCAGGUUGUCCAAACUAAGCCGGCCUUGCUGAUGUACCGCUGUCCCUGUGAGCUGCAGGAUCCAGAGGAUCCUGCAAAGGACCGCCACCAGAACUGCUGCUACAAAUCCGCUUUCCGUUUGCUUUGAGCCCCGGCAUCUCAAUCAACAGCAUCCGCUUAUCAACGCCCCCUCGCCUCCGGUUCUCCUUACUAAUUAAAUUAAACGCCAGUUGCUUGGCCAAAGUUGCUUAUCGCUCUAGAAAAUGAACCCGGCAAAGAAAUUGAAUGGGUGUCGGAGCCGGACAAAGGCCCACGAUGGAGAUGCAAAGAAGUUGGUCCAGAGAUGCGGCACUCGGUGAACUGCAGCGAAGAGUUCAACUUGGGCAAGUUGAGUUCUAAUUUAAUCACUCCUGAACGCCCCAAUGACUUUGUGUCAUUUGGCGUCAGAGUUGCGAAGCUCGAUAAUGAACCUUGGGCAGUCCGGAAAGGGGGGA